CCGCGAAAACGCUGGAACACGGAAGCAAGCCAGCAGCAACCACGCACAACAAAGAAGACGACGAAGACAAACACCACAUACAUCCAUUCCUCCUCUCGCAUCCACCAUUGCAGACCCCGCCAGCGUGUACGUGAGCGUGUGUACGUGAGUGAGUGUGCGUACGUGAGUGAGCGUGAGCGUGUGAGCGCGUGCGAGCUUCUUUCAAAGCAGCACAGAGAGUGUGUGUCGCAGGCCGUGUUUGUCACAGCCAUGGACACGACAAUGGACGCCUUCAGCCUUGCGGCAGAGGACUUCCCGCUGGACUUGCCGCACCCGGUCGUCUCUGACACCGCGGACGCUCUUCCGGCUUCCACCUCCUUUGCAUUUGACGAGCACAACCAACAGCAACAGCAGCAAUCACAGCAGCAGCAGCAGCAGCAGCAGCACCAAGGGCAAGACUCACAAGAGCAACAGCCGCUGUUCUCCCUGCCGCCGGACGCCGACGACGCCAAUCAUGAAUUCACAGACUCACUGUUUCCCAGCGGCGCGGACACAUUUGCUCAUGACACGUUUGCGGAUGACCCAAGUCUUCUGGACUUGCCCCUUCCUGACAUGGAGCCGAGCCUGACACCCUUUGACGACCACCCCGCCUCUGAACACCUGUUGCCGUUGCCGCUGUCUGAGACUGCAGCGCCGCAACACCAUCAUCACCUCCAACACCACUCACAACAACAACAGCAACAGCAGCAACAGCAACAGCCACACCACCUCCACCAUCAUCACCAUCACCACCAUGCGGCAUCCCCGUCGUCGUGUUCAGAGUCCAACAUGAGCGCGCCAUCGCCCAUCAAGCAGGAAGGCCGCAGCCCACACAGCGACGUCAGCCACAGCACAGCACAGCAGUCGCAGCCGCCGUCGCCAGAGCAACAGCAACACCACCACCAAUACCACCACCACCAUCACCAACACGAGCAGCAACCGCCACAUCAGCUCUCAUGUCAGCACCAGCAGCAACACCCGCAGUCGCAUCCGAUGGCUGCUGCUCCCGCGCCGUUCACGGCAUCGCAGGCAACACCCCACGCCCAUGCACAACAGCAGCAGCAACAACAACAGACUCACUUGAAAACGCACCCACAGCAGCAGCCAUUGAAGCAACAACAAGAACAACAAGAGCAACAACCUGCAAAGAGAAGAAAACGGCGAGCAAGGAAAACGCCUGCGGAGAUGACGCCUGAAGAGCUUGCGGAUCUGCAGCGGAAGCGGGAGCGCCGAAUGCAGCGCAACCGCGAGUCAGCCAGUGCCAGUCGGCGCCGAAAGAAGGAACUCAUGGAACGCCUGGAACACGAUUUGCAGGCAGAAAAGGACCGGAACUCCACCCUCUCCGCACGCGUGCAAGAGCUUGAGGCGCGCAACAAGGAGUUGGAGAGCACGCUGGCACAGCUGGAGGACGCUGUGCAGAAGACACCUGCCCUGCUGGAUGCCGUCCCCUCACUCCGCCAGCAUGUCACCACGCGUCGUGUCGCGGUCAUGGGCAUUCUCUUCUGCUUCGCCAUCUUUGCGACGUGCUCCGGGCCACUCGCCACCGUCCUGCCCCAGGCUGUCACCACCACCGCCACCACCGCCAAUGUUGCUGCGAUGCAGCGUGGUGUUGCUGUGCACGGCGGCGUGGGUUCCACUGGAAGGUUCACAAACGGUCAUGGCGACGUCGUGAUUGACAGCAGACAUGAUGCAAGCAGUCGCCUGUCUGCAUGGAGCACGUGGACCAAAGACACGGACGCAGGAUCCCUAUCACCAGCAGAAGCAUCAUCAUCGUCCUCGCUCGCCCGCCACGGUACAUUUGUUGGCCGCACGCUGCAGAGCGUGAACCCAAGCAGGCGGCUUCGCGACACAGCCAGGGAUGGCGAUGGCGAUGGUGUUCUGAGCACGGACCUCGUGGUGUCGGCCAUCCCCGUUGUUCUUGAUGAAGACGGCACCGUCACCGAUGCGCCCGACCACACGUCAUCACGAUCAUCAUCACCAUCGUCGUCGACAUCAUCAUCGAGGGAGGUGGUGUAUGAGCUUGGCCAUCCCAUGCAGCGCGUUGCUCCCCGGCGCCUCGCGGGCGGACGGCCGCUGCCGCGUGUCCACGACGCCCUCCGCCAGCAGGAGAAGCAAGUCUACGCCAUGAUGCUCCGUGACAUGCACAACAACGCCAACGCCAAUGCCCAUGGCAGCAGCAACAACAACAUCAACGGAGGCGAUGGCCAUCGCCAACAGCAGCAGCAGCAGCAGCAGCGUGUGAGCGAGCGCCUGCCAUCGCCAACUGGUGCCACGAUGACGGAACUCGUGUCUGUCUCCGACGGCCGCCACCCCGUCCUGCGCAUUGAUGACGACUAUCGCGGUCUUGUGCACGACGCCGUGCCGCGCCACAAUGACCGCUCGUACAUUCUCUGCCCGGAGGUUGAGGUGAUGGCUGCCUUCUCCACCACCAACGCAUCCGGCCAGCCCACCAAGCUCUCCGUCAUCGUCCCGUCCACCUUCAAGAACGGCACCACGCCGCAUCUGAUGCAGCUUGAAUGCGAGGUCACGGGUCUCUCCUACAUCCCAAUCGACACAAAGCCCUCCGCGGUGCCCGUCACCGCAGGCUGAGCACCCACCCACCUUUGUCUGUGUGUGUGUGUGUGUGUGUGUGUGUGUGUGUGUGUGUGUG